AUGAAGCUCCUUGCCAUCACCGCGCUCUUCAUCGCCGGCGCCCUUGCCGUGCCCGCGGGCUCCUACCCGCCUCCGCCUCCUCCUGACUACGGCGGCUACUCUCCUGUUCCCAGCAGUAGCGGAGACGACUACGGCUACGUGCCUCCUACCCCUACCCCUCCUCCCCCUCCCCCUCCCCCUCCUCCUCCUCCAAGCUACGACGAUGGAGGCGAUUACGAACCUCCCACCGAUGGGGAUGGCGAUUCUUCUGACGGUGGGGAUGAUGGCGAUGAUAGCGACGACGGUAGCGAUGGCGGCGACGGAGAACGCAGUCAAACCAAUCUGUGCCCUGCUGUUAUUUCUGGGAUUGCUAAGUGCUGCUCUACAAAUGUGCUCGACCUUCUUAACCUAGACUGUGUAUCUCCCAACAAGGAACCCAAAGACAGGAAAGAUUUUGAAAAGAUUUUCGCGGGUAUGGGCAGGCAAGCCACAUGCUGCACUCUCGGUUUGCUCGGCCUGGGUCUUCUCUGCGGGCACUAG